AUGUUCAAGAAGGACUUGUCAGCGGGCGCAAAAUCCAAAGUCAAGUCCUCGGUGCAGAGGGGCAUUAGGGCCAAAGUUCUCGAGACAUACCCGAAACUUGAACCGCAUAUCGACGAGAUCAUGCCUAAGAAAAGUCAAUUGGAUCUGGUGAAGUUACCGGACCGAGUCUCUCUAUACGUCCUCGACACCUCGCCCCUCUUCUACCAACACAUGGAUGAUCCCAUCAUUCCACAUCUGAAAGUCGUGCACCAAUACCCGCACGCGUUCCAAACAAUACGCAUUGACAGAGGGGCUAUUCGCUUCGUCCUCUCCGGCGCGACGCUGAUGGUUCCCGGCCUCACGUCCGCGGGGGGUUGGUUGCCGGAGAAAGAAAACGAGCUGAGAGCCGGCGACGUCGUGGCCGUGCAGGCUGAGGGAAAAGAGGAGAUAUGUUUGAUAGGACAAUUAGAAGUGGGCACGGAGGAGAUGAAAGAGAAGAAAAAGGGCGUGGCGAUGAGUGCGGGACAUUAUCUGGGUGAUGGACUGUGGAAGAUCGAUUUGAGUUAA